AUGACCAACGUAGUUAGCGCUCUUCCGAAUGAAGAAAAGGAUGCGUGGCUAAAUUUGAAUGACAUUAGACAAAAUGCAAAGAAGCACAACUGGAAAGAAAACCCUGGCAAGGGAAGCAAUUACAUUUUUUCGAAAGACAAUGUGAAGAUAUGCAUAAUAGGAUUGAAGGGGCUAGUGACAAUAGAUAUCCGACUGCUAAGCGGAGUGAACUACAAACUUUGCAAAAGCAAUUUGAAGAAGGAGGAGAUUUAUGACUUAUUCUCGACGAAUAGUUUUUUUAAUUACACAAAUGAUGUACUGCAGAAAACUGUUUUGUGCAACAGUUAUGAUUUAACUGUAAAGGAAAAAAUAGACCUUUUCAAUAAAAACGAUAAGUCAUUUUUGCGAGAGGUGAAAUGCAAGGACCUGUUUUUUCUCAAUCGUGGAAAAUCACCUACGUUGGAUAGUGAAAACGUAAAAGCGGGCACAACGAAAGUAAAAAUGAACCCAACAAAUGGCAGCGCAAUAAGCAGUGCAACGAAUGGGGAGCGACAGGGGGAACGUAAUUCGAUAGACUUCCGUGAGGAGAAGAAAGUGCAAAUCAAGCCGCUUGAAUCAACCCAGACGGAGAUUCAACCAGAGGAAGGCAAACAGUUACAAAAGGGAAAUGCACACAUUAGGAAUAGCCUUUACGAAAAUGAGCUCAAUCUGACUCCAUUAAGUAAGGCAGUUAAUAAGGCAGUUCUCUCUAAGGAGAAAGAUAAGGACAAAAAGGGGUUCUUGAAAAAAUUCUUUCUUUUUAAUAAAUGUCUUCGUAAUAAAGUCAGCGAAAAUUCGAAAGAAUGUCCAAUCGAAGGAGGAGCAAAAUCACCAACUGGGGAAGAUUCCCCCUGUGGAAAUGACGAUAGUGGAGAAGACCCCGACGUUGAGGGGCAACAAGGGGGACAAAUUUUCCCAAAGGGGAGUACCAACCGGAAGGGGGAAACAAAGUGCAGCGACUAUGGUGUAAAGGAAGGAGACCUUGAGGGAGAAGAGAGUUCACCUCCUCAUAUACUAAGUGACCAUACGAGCGAAAUGGACAAGGCGGAAAUGUUAAUCGUAGGUAAUUCCCAAGUGAGCAGACAUAUAGAUGCCAACAACCACGGGGAGAGUAAGACAAAGGAAAAAAAACAAAAUGCGAAUGAUAACCUUGUUGGUAAGGAACAGGAGUUGACACUGUACAUAGGCAGAGAAAGCAACGUGCUUACUCCUAAUAAUGAUACAUUUGGCAAAUUCAAUUCAGGAGAAAAAUCUUCCCUACGUUAUGGUAGCACUAAGGGGAAUAGCAAAGAAUGCCUCGAAUGGUGUGAUACGCUAAAUAGCAAGAGAGAGUACCAUAUGUCGAAGUCUUUCACCACGCAUUCUCUUAGUGAAGAAGACUUAAACAAAGAAGCGCUGCAUCGAAUGAGCGCUAGCGAGGACGAAACGGCUAAUUCGUGCAGCGGAGAGGGGCACACAAAUGGGCCGGAAAAUGACCCCCCAAAUGGACCACCUUUACACACCGCCAAAACGAAUCACACAGAUUUGGCUCCCAGCAGUAAGGGGGGGGAGUGGUGUAUAAGGGAACUAUCUCCUUCCCAUUCGGAUUGUACCCCGGGCGAUGAUGUGGUCGAUGGGGAGGAAUGCACAAAUGGGCACCUCCUUCGGAACGUGACUGAUGAAGGGGGGAGUCCCAUCGAAUGCAACGCUGACCACCAACCGAGCAAUCGUUGCACGCACAAUACGAAAGCGGUUAACAUAUACAUACAAAAUAACACGGUACAGUACUAUGGUCCGAAAUAUGGGCACAGCAGGAAGGCCAAGGUGAGGUGGACCAGGGAUGGAGACGGCCUAAGCCACCUGAAGGGUUAUCGCAGUUACGGGGAAAAAUGGGGCAACAAAUGGGGCAAUAAGUGGAGUAACAAGUGGAACAACAGGUGGGAUAAUCACUGGGACAAUUGGAAAAAUUGGGACUACUGUGGGGACCAUCGCUGGAACAACUGGAACGGGAAAUACAAUCAUUAUAAUAUGGCUGGGAAAAAAAGCCUCCUCAACGGACACAGUUUCCCCCCGCGUAACUCCCAUCACUUGGCCGUGCGGACAGCCGGAAGAAACAACUACAUGGAUAAGUACAGCACGUAUUACAGCCCCAGUUGGACUAAGCGCAGCCCGAAAUAUUACACAGCAGGUCCGCGUAAGGUUUACAAUAAUGGUAGGGGCGAAAUGGUAGGUUUUCACGAAGAGGCAACCUAUAUCAAUGGAGAGGAACAUAAAAAAAAUGACAAAUCUGAUUAUCCAUUUUGGGGUGUACAAAAAAGCAAAGAUGUUCAUCACCACUUUUAUGAUAAAAGUGGUUUUUAUAUAACGCAAAAAAGGAACAAUUAUGGGCAUAGAAAGUACAAUGAAAGGAAAACAAGUGACGCGUUGCAGCCAUAUGAACCGCACAAAAAUGUAAAAGAACUUGAGAAGGAAAUAUACUACAAGCUGUCCUAUUUAAAGCACUUCAAACAUGACUAUACCAAGUCCAUCCCGAGAUAUUACUGCACCCUUAGACAUUUGCUUUCCCCAUCCAGGAGAGGAAAACAACCCCCGUGGCUACAAAACAUGAUAGCUACGAAUAAAUGUUGCUACUGUGAUGAGCAGUUUUCCAGUUUGAGGAGUCUGGAAAAUCAUUUCGUUCAUGUGAAAACGCAUAGAAUAUAUUACUGCUGUGGGAAGCCCUUCACAUCUUUGAAAUUUUUAUAUAUUCACCUCAAGCGGGAUAACCACUAUGGGUACAUUUACUAUUACUAA